AUGGGCGACAUCCGCAGCUCCGAGAGAGACAGCAAUGUCAUCGCCCUCGUCGAGGCAAUCCUUGGUCACAAGAUUGAGAGCCAGCCUGGCUCUUCUUCUCAAAGCACUAUGGAUGACUACGAGGAUCUCGUCGACAUGAACAAGGACCACGACUUCAGUAAGGAGGGUCCUCGUCCCGAUUCACCUCCCAAGAACCCCUGUGUUGGUGCCGUCAAUCCGUACGCCCUUGCCGAGGCUCUCAUUGGCCGCAAGAUUGACCGUCACUCCAUGGCGGCCUCUCAAAUUCUCCAGAACGUCUUGCAGACCGACUACGAUGAGCUCUUUGACAUGCGUCACCACUCUGUUCUCUUCGCCGGCAUGAGGCUGAACGAGAAGGAGAGGAAGGCUGAGAUGUACGACGAGAAGGACAUGAAGAUCCUCAAUGAGCGGGAUCUCAUGACUCCUGACUUCUCGGGUGUCCGUAGGCUCGAUGACCUCGAGAAAGUCGGCCUCAAGGACCUCAAGGAGGCCAGGGUCAAGGUUGCCCGCAUGCAAAACGGCAAGCUUCGUCUGGUUCUCCACGCCCACGAACUUGGCAAGACCGUCUCCAACCGAGAGGUCACCAUGUCCAUCAACGAGCUCGUCACCCCCUUCAGAAUGCAGAAGGGCCGCUGGCAGCCACCCAACGCUUCUUGGCGCGACAUGUAUGACUACUUUUUCCAGAGCGUCAACAAGCGCCUGAUUUCCGACAUCACCAUGUUCCGCAUCGGUGACCGCCGCGAGACUAAUCGCCAGUUCGACGACCCCACUCAGGGCUGCACCAGCAACAGCUGGUUUGUCUCUGCUCUAUUCUCCGUAUUCUGGUCCGAUCCCUGCGCCAUCAACCGUGCCACUCGGGUUCACACCCACGGUAACGAGAAGAAGCGCUUCUUGUCCGUUAAAUUCCACGACAAGGGCGGGAAGCAGAACAACAAGACUGAGACUGUCGAUGUCAACUACGAGAUUCCGAUCAACAACUCAGACAAUGAGCCUCUCUACUGCCGCUCCAGCGACGGCGCCGACAUCUGGCCCGCGCUUUAUGAGAAGGCUUUUGCCAAGUGGAUCACUGGCUCGAACUCUGAGCAGCCCGACAUCACCCAGACCCACUGCGGUGACCCCAUCAAGGCUAUGGCCCAGAUCAACGGCCGCACCCCUCACUACUACAUGUGCGACAACCACUCAGCCCACACCCUCUUGGGUUUGGUCCGCGCCAACAGCGUCAACAACAAGACUAUUAACCCCAUGACUGCUUACACAUACGCUACCGGCCGCGAGUACCACGGCGCCAACAUCGUUGCCAACCACGCUUACUCCGUUCUGGGCUACUGCGUCAUCGGGGAUAAGCAGUACAUCGUCCUCCGCAACCCAUGGGGUGUUACCGAGCCUCAGGGUCUUACGAGCUACACUGGUCUUCUCGGCCGCCUCGAGCCCGAGAUCUGGAAUCCCGCUACCCUCCUGGACCACGGCGGUCUCUUUGCCCUUGAGGCCGAGUCAUUCAAGAGGUCCUUCUCCUGCAUCGGUGUCGCCAAGUAA